GUACAAAUCCGAUUCCGAUCAAAACUGAAAUCGUUCCAGACCAGCGAGGAUUCGAAAUACAAAUACCAUGAUCUGAGGAAGAUCCACGACAGCAGAUCUGGGCUAAAUCAGGUCGCAUUUACUUCGCCAAGAAAGUCGUCACCAUCGUCAAAAAAUCGGUCUGUCAAGGCGUUUUCAUCGUCUCAAUUUUCUCCAUCUUCAGAGCUAAAGUAACACUCAAUAGUUUGAAGAAGAAGAAGAUAUUUUUACUACAUAUCAACAAGCGACAUUUGACCCUGAUAUUAAACCCGUUGUAUAUUAACCCAUCAACCAAGAAUUAUACAUCAUCAACUACAAGAACAAGCGGAGUACCAAUUUAAGUUUUAGUUUUGUGCCGAGAAAAUUUUGAAGCUAGCAGUGAUGGCAGAAAAGGAAGGAGCGCAUCAACAAGACCACGUUAUUGAAGAGGAGAAACAGACGGAAAUCGAAAUGGGAAAUCAGCAAAAUCGAGGGGACAAGAUGGAAGAAAAACGUGCGGAAAAUGUUCCCGCAGCGGAAGCGGAGCCCUUACCCGCUGCCGGCGAUGUGGCGGCGGAAGCAGUACCGAAGCAAGAGAAGCGCGACAGCAUUCACUCGCUCCCGUCGGAACGUAGGGCAUCGCUGCAUUCUGAGGUACAGCGUUUUUGUUUUUCGGUUUGGCAGCUCGCCUUGGCAGCUCGUACAGUGCCGAAGGAGCUUGUGCUAAAUUGUUUUUCGGUUUUAUGAUGGAUUUUUUACUUAUUUUUUUUUGCGGAAAAAGUGAGUAGGCACAUAGAUACUCUUGUGCUAUUUAGCAAUUUUGAUAAAUUCGUGAUCGUGGAAGUGCGGUAUCAAGUCCUUCGUGCGAAGAAUCAUGCAAUCAAAAAAGUAAAACAUCAUCGUUAACUAACAUGCAACUACAGACCCCUGUUUCCGGAACCCACGUUGUCACCGGGGUCCCGAUCGCCGCUCCCGAAACCUCUGAGGCAGAAGAUAAGGUACCCGCGCCGAGCCCAAAGCAGAGAUCGGCGUCUGUGGAGUCUGUUCCAGUCGAGGAACAGCACCCGCCGAUCCUGGUAGAGAUCAUUCGCGCGAACGGGACGAAGAAGCAGGUGCGGCUGAACAAGGGCGAACGGCUAAAAUUGAAGCCGGGCGAGAAGCUUGCGCCGAACCAGAGCGACCGGUUGAAGGUGCAGACGGGGAAAGGGGAAAACGUGAAGCAGGAAGCCGGGGGACAGCCACAGCGGGUCGUGGUGCGUCGCCGCCCGCCGAUGUACGCGUACGACCCCUACCCGUAUUAUGGCUACCCCUACGGCGGGUACGGCUACGGGUGCUACGGGUACCCCUACGGCUACGGCAUGUACCCGUACGGUGGCCUUGGUCUCGGAUUGGGCGGCGGCAUGGCGUUGGGCCUCGGCAUGGGGCUGAUGCUUUAAAGAUCAUCUGAUAUUUAUCUGUCAGAGAUGGAAGACCUGAUGAUCUUUUUCCAAGGAAAAGAGCGGCCGUGAUGCUACUCGAAAUUCCGAAGCACGAGGACCGCGGGGGCAGCGAUUUUUGAUUGAAAACGAUAGAACAGGACGCUCCAGGGAGAUGAUAAUAGCAAGACGCCGCAAGUGUGGUCCAUAGGAGCGGGACAACUGCGGCUUUUGAUUAUCCGAGGCCCGGCUGACAAAAAUUGUUGCACGAGGAACAAAAACUAGAACUCGUUUGACUUUGGUAUCUUCACUUGUACGUUUGACGAUGAGUAUUUCCUCCACCACUGAAAAAUCAAUGUGCUUUUAUUAACGAAACCACUUGCAGUUGUUCCCACUGAACUUUCACCAAUCAAUGUCCAGAGAUAUUUGUAGGUAAGAAGACGGAUUAUGGCUUCUCAAUAAUCAACAUAAUGGAGAACGAAAUGAGGCAUCUGAUCGAGCCCAAGCUGCGUUUACGUCGUCGUGACGAAGAUAUUCUGCAUCUAUGCUCGUGGAAUCUUCUCGAAUAGACGACAAAAAGUGAGGAACUCCCACCGUAGCAACCCCCACAAUGCCUUGGAGAAGCUCGUAUCCAUAUUUCACAGACUUGUCUUCAUGAUUAUGAAUCCACCUGGGCGAAAGACCUUCAUACAGCAAAUAUAGAGUGUUUCUAUUGGAAUUUUGAAAAAAGAUAAAGAAGAAUAAUUAU